CCAGAAAAGCUACUAAUCGAGACGGCAAAGGAGUCCUGCCGUGGCAGGGGAGGUGAGUCUGGAUGGCACAGGUGCCCUCUGAACUACAGGAAGCCAGGCACCGGGCUUGAAGGAGACAAAGGAUGUGGCCCAGUGCCGCUGACACCUGCAGUGUGAUCCAAGCCUGGAGACAAAGCUGAUCUGCAGCUAGAAGAUAACACAACCAGCAAUGGAGCCACUGUAUGAGGAGUAUCUAACCCACAGUGGAACAAUAGUCAAACCUUACUACUGGCUAAGCGUCUCUCUAAAUUGCACUAACUGUCCUUACCACAUCCGGACAGGCGAGGAAGCGAGAGUUCCCUACACAGAAUUUCAUCAGACUUUUGGAUUCCCAUGGUCAACAUACCCUCAAACAAAACACCUCACAUUUUAUGAACUGAGAAGUUCCUCCGGGAACCUGAUACAAAAGGGCCUUGCUAGCAACUGCACUGGGAGUCACAUCCACCCAGAAUCAAUGCUCUUUGAGAGGGAUGGUUACCUGGACUCAGUCAUAUUCCAUGACAGCAACAUCAGACACAUCAUUCUGUAUUCCAGCAACUCCCCUUGUGACGAGGCUAACCACUGGUGCAUCAGCAAAAUGUUCAACUUCCUGAUGAACUAUCCAGAAGUCACCCUCAGAGUUCUCUUUUCUCAGCUCUAUCAUAUUGAGAAUCAAUUUCCUACCUCAGCAUGGAACCGUGAGGCUCUUCGGGGCCUGGCCAGCUUAUGGCCCCAGGUCACUUUGGGUGCAAUAAGUGGUGGCAUUUGGCAGUCUAUUCUUGAAACAUUUGUUAGUGGCAUCUCUGAAGGGCUGACUGCUGUGCGGCCCUUUACAGCUGGGAGGACCCUGACUGACAAGUAUAACGCUUAUGAAAUCAACUGCAUCACAGGACUGAAGCCUUACUUCACUGACGCUCUUCACAGCCGGCAAAAAGAGAAUCAGGACCAAAAAGUCUGGGCAGCCUCUGAAAACCAGCCCUUACACAACACUGCUCCUGCCCAAUGGCUAGCUGACAUGAGUCAGGACUGCAGGACUCCGGUGGUUUUCCUGUUGGUGCCUUACAGAGGCCUACCACCAAUCCACGUGAAUCCAAGUCCACAGAAACCCAGGACCGUGGUGAGGCACCUGAAUACGCUUCAACUGUCAGCCUCCAAGGUCAGAGCCCUAAGGAAAUCUCCCUCGGGCAGGCCAGUGAAGGAGGAGGAGGCCAGGGAGGCGUCUACACGCAGCCAAGAGGCAAAUGAAACGAACAAAAGCAAAUGGAAGAAACAGACUCUACUUACCAAGGCAAACAUGUGCCAUUUACUGGAGAGGGAACCAGAAAAAAUUGGAAUUCUCUCUUCCUGGUCUGUCUAAGAUGGGGAUAAAUUGGUGUAAAAAAA